AUGAAUGUCCUACAGUUUAGCACUGUGGCUUGCGCUUUCAUCAGCCUCCUGUUCCUCCUCAUUGCCCUGGGCUCAGAUUACUGGUUGCAAAACAGUGUUUCCAACAAUGGCCUGUGGGUAGAUUGUAAUUCCAAAGAUGGCUGUCGUUCAUUUGGGAUGGAUGUGCCAGGUAAGAACUUCUCUGUCUUCAGCUCUGAGUACUGUUGUUGAGUGUGAGUGUGAGAAUUGAGUGUGCCUCCGGGAGUGAAGUCAAACCACUGCAUUAGCAGCACCGACGUGAUCUCCCCAGGGUGCAAGCCUGAGCAGUGUUUAUGGAGGUCCUGGGGUGCUCAGGUGACAAGACUGUGCUCUUGGACUUGCUGGUAUGGUCCAAAGGAAAGCAGAGUACCAGCUUAGCUGCAGAAGUUGCUGGAAGGAGACAUAUAAGGUGUCAUCCAACAGUCUUAGGGACUCCACUCUGGACUUGUGUAGGGUUUACUCCCUAGCCUUUUCUUCUCCUGUAGAUAUCCCACGAAGCAGCAGAGAUUUCCUUCCUUCUCCUAGAUGUCCUACAGAUCAGGAGUGCCAGCUUGGCCCUGCAACUGUGGGUGCCUGGGGCUGUGGGUGCCAUGCAGCGUGCAUGGCCCUGGAACCGAAAUUUGUGGGUGCCCGGCCCCUUCAUGGGGAAUUUUGUGGGUGCUUGAGCACCCAGGGAGUUGCCACCUAUGCUACAGAUGUCUUCCCAGGUUGAUGAGCCCCAUCUACCCCUCACUUCCAUCUUCAGCAUGUGCAGAAACCACCCUCUUGAUCAUUGGACCCACUAUUGAUCUCAUCUGCACAAUCCACCAGAGCCUCUCUUUGCACACAGGGGAAGUCCCUAGCUCACCGAGGGUCUGAGACCCAUUGGCUGCCUUCACGCCAGCCAGUCAAAGUCAUUCCUGGGAAGUGGCCAUUGCCACAUGCUGACUAGGAGCCACAGGUGAGAGCUGAUUGCAGAACCUGCUGCCCUCAAUUAAGCUUUUAAUUAGGUUUUAGCCAUUUUCAGACCUUAUGUUUAUAUUUUGAGUUGUCAUUUUGUUUUCUUUGCUUUUAGCCUACUGGUUUAUUGUUUUAUUGUUUUAUUACCUAUUGUUUUAUGGCUCAACUCGAUUUAGCGUAACAAGGAACACUAAAGAAGAUAGAUUGCAGACUUUGCGACUAACGCACAGUUUUCAUCCAUUGAACAUAAGACCUGGCCUUGACCUGAUAGAAUGCUUCUAAUUAUCUGGAAUGCCUGCUAGAAGGAAAAAAUGAGGCAUUAAGAGCCAAAACAGCAUAAUUGGGACUCACAAUUCUGCCAACGCAGAGAAGAGGCGGAAAGCAAACACCUUCAUUCUUAGCUCAGAAACAGAGCAAUCUGUCCUGGGGGAACCCUCCCCCAGUCUAAGAAGGAAGGAGAUGAUCCGACCCCCCCCCCCUCUUUCAAGGAGGGAAGGAGAUGAUCUGACCCAGAAAACAGGAGUAGGAGGGAUUCCCCCUAUCCCAAAUGCUGACCCACCCAUGUAUUUAGAACAAGACAAUAGAGGAACUUGUUUCCAGAAGAUUCCAGAUUUAUACCCUUACCAAGAGAUUUGCAUGAUGUCGGCAGAAACUGUGGUCUUAGUUCUUCAAAGACUGAAUGAAAUUUUCACCAAAAUAGCUAAUAUAGAGGAAUACUUGGAUAAUUGUCCUCCCUCUAUAAAUGCCCAAAGGGCUAAAAGGAGGAUUAGAUACAACUAUGCCAGUGACCUGUCAAUACGAGUCACAGAUAAAAUAAGGCCUUGCCAAGUCCUCCAAGCAAACCAGAUAAUGCUUGAGAUUCAUCGAAAUGAGUACAGGUGGAUGAAUCGUAGGUUAAUUACGGCAUCCUUAUCUCAGCUUUUGAACUGCCAUUACCAAAAAGUCAAUCUGAAAAAAUUACAUUUCCUGCCCAGCAUAAGAAACAUCACACGCCUGUUUAUGACUUUUAGAACUCCAGCUCUUCCAUCUCGACUUAUAGAGAUGAAAAACAUCUUAUGGCGGUCUCACCCAGUAAGGGUUUUCAAGAAUGAGACAGUGAGGCAGCUAGUCCCUGGCAGAGAACCAAAGCAAACACCGAUAAGGGAAGCUAAAUUAAACAAUAGAAACACUACCUGCAAGAAGGAGGAAGAUAAACCCAUGAGUUCAGAAUUAGAAGAACUGAAGCGGAGAUUAUUGAGUAUAAAGACAGAGAUCUCAAUUCAAAACAUAAGGACAUUAGAGCCCGGAACACAAUGUCGAAAUAUGCCCAAUAGCCCUUCAUCUCGAAGAAAGACACCUGUGCAAUUUCCUGAUCUUGUCCCAAGCGAUAGCGAUGGAGAAGAUGAACCCGGUGACCCUGACACUCUCAUGGCAACAACUUCUAAAGAACUUCAUGCCAUGGAUAGAUUGCUGAAACCAAGCACCCAGGCUACACCAGAGCCUUUGCUUAAUACUCCUAAAACUUACGAGAACGACCGACUUUCCCUACUGCAUCUUUGGCGAGAUGACGGACGGAGUCUCUGAACAUGAAGCUGGCUCUCUGCUCGCUAGUGACCCCCAUUUUACAGCACAUGCCUCAUUAAUACUCCCAAAGGCACAGAAAGAGUUAAUAGCCCCCUGGCUCCCUUAUGAGGGAGAGAGGGAUUGACAGUUAGCAGACCAGUGUGGGGCUCCCCUCGCUACCUGGGGUGUGGCUGGAUGGGUUUUACCUACCGGGGAUGUUUGUCCUGCUGAUUUUUCAUCUCAAUAUUAUACCUUUUCAAUUCGGGAGACUUGGCCCAGGGAUGUUAUGUUAGUGAGGGUAUAUCAUUCCUUUAUAGGGGAGGCUAGCGUGGGGUCUGGAAUUGCCACCGUCGAAGGACAAGGGAGGAACGGUGGUGGGGGUAGAUAUUAUCGGCGAAGAGUUUUGAGAUGCGGUGAUGCUUGAACCCCUUCCAAUCUACACCCCAUCCCAAGGGACAUGGGUAGGGUGAGCAGGGAUUACCUACCUCCAUCAUUGGUGCUGUGCAAUGCCAGGUCCAUAGGCAAUAAAACCACCACCUUGCGAGACUUCCUUAUCUUGAAGCGGGUUGACCUGGUUUGUGUGACUGAGACCUGGGUGCGCGAAGGCGAAGUAGUCACCUUGCAUGAGAUGACACCUCCAGGUUUCUCCAUCCUCCACCAGUUGCAGACUGUUUGUAGCAUUGUUAAUCUGGGAGGAUUGCUCUUUCAGGGCUCUGCCAUCACCACCAAUCUCCGGCAUUGAAUGUGUUGGCCUAGUGUGGGGCACCAAGGAGAGCUUGGCUGUCUUAUUAUUAUCAUUAUUUAUUAUUAAAAGUGGACAGACUAUCCCAAAAAGAGCACAGUGUGUCUGCCACUGGAGGUUCUAGCCCUCCCACAACACCCAAUGCAUUCUGCUAGAAGUACUCAAUGUAUGGUAUUCAAAACAGGAAGAAACUUUCAUGGUUCUUCAACUGCCUGAGAGCCCAGUGUGACUAUAGUUAAGACCUUUACUCUCUCUCUCUCUCUCUGUAUGCUGGUACCAAUAUCUUGGCAAAGUUUAUGUCGGUACCGCCAUAAAAUGGAUGCUAUGGGCAACAAAAAAAGAACUGUUGACAGUAGUCUGUACUGAAUGAGUCCUAUUGUUCAAUCCCAUUGAUAUAUUUAACUGUCUUUCUUUCUUUCUCUUCCUUCCUUCCUGAAAGAUUACUACCAUGCUACCCGAGCCUUCAUGUUCUUCGGGAUGAUUGCUGGAGCCGUCUCUUGCCUUACGCUUAUUGGCAAAUUUUUUGACUUUCAAUUUGGCUCCCUCUCCAAGACCAAGACCGCAGCUGUAGCCAGCCUUGUUGCAGGUAACCUGGGCAUCAUAACCAUCUGA